GACAAUGGCAUAGCUAAAGACGUCCUAAAGGACAUGAAAGAGAUGGAAUUCGAAGAAAGGCAAGUAGACACCGACAUGGAUGAAAACGUCGAAAAGGAAAAGAGGGGGCUGGAAGACACGAAAGAAGACAUUGCUGGAGAUCUUAAGUGUGAAAACCAGUAAAUCGCGCCUCAGCACUAAAAAGACACCAGUCCUUCUGCAGAGAAAAGUUUACCGGAGGUCUGCAACAGUGUACAUGUACUUAUCAAUACUUGAAUUCAGACAUAUCAUAAAACUGUUUUUCUGUAACGCUCUGGCAUGCAGAUAGAAACACCAUUAUAUCUUAAACACUAUAGUUCAUUGUCUGGUAAACUCAAUGAAUUGUUAGUUUUCCAUGGUAUUAGGAUAAGUGCCUAAAUGGAUACAGUUCUUUUUGUUGGCUUUACAAUGUACGAGUCAGAGUCAACGAAAGAAGCUAGUGAAGCGUGAUUUAACAAAUACAGGACACCUUUUCAAAGACAAGCUUGAGUAACACUAAAGGUGUUGACCAAGGAGCCAACAAAAGCACCUGCUGCCAUUCAUGUGUGUGAAAGCAGAACUCGUAUCUUAAAGAGAACUGACGCCAUGGCACCACAAGACGGAAAGACAACAAUCAUGGCGGCUGCACCGUCUAGUCUGGGGACACAAAUCCGCGAAGAACUGUCCUGCAGCAUCUGCCUGGAGCUGUUCACCAGGCCCAAGGUGCUGCCCUGUCAGCACACCUUCUGUCAGGACUGUCUACAGAACCUUGCAGGGAGAGAAGGGGCCUUCCAGUGCCCGAACUGUCGCCAGCAAGUUGAGGUGCCACCCGAGGGGGUUUCGGAGUUUCCUGACAACUACAUGGUCACUAGUUUGUGUGACAGUCUCCAAAAACAUGAAACUCUGUCAGAAGAAACGAUGGAAACACAGGGACAAGCUCAGCCUGGAAACGAGUGCAGCGUCCACCCCACUGAAGACGUCAAACUCUACUGUAAACAGUGUCAGGUGCCCUUAUGUGUGGAUUGUUAUGUACAAUGCCAUAAUGGGCAUCCUACUAUGAGCAUUAAAAAGGCUUUACAGGAAAGAGAAGCAUUGAUUGCUGAGGGGAAACGUAUCUUCGAGAACUACUUGAGCUUCCUCCGAGCUCUGACAGACGACGAGAAAACCCUGGACGAUCAGAAACAACGGACUGACAGCAAAAUCGAGGCGGCCUACCAACAAGCCUGUGAUCAAACCCUUCAGAAACUAACACAUGAAAGAGACCGUCUGUUGUCUGAAGUUGAGACGAACCACAGGCAAAACAAGGGAGCCGUACAGAGCCAAAGAGAUUCCCUCAUGACUGAUGUGACUCAACUGUCUUCUGUCUGUGAUGAGACAGAGAGGAACAUGGCUAGAGAAGGUGGGCAGUUUCUUAGCCGGGAGUCCAAACUAGCGGAGGUCGUAGGUAAGUUUAGAGAAAAAACGGUGCCAAGCCCAGUACAAACCAAUCCUGCUGUCUUCCUGCCAACCGAGAACUUUACCUGUACACUGGGUAAGGUAACUGUUCCAGGUAUAAUAACAUCUAUUGGUGCUGCCACAGCGGCCAUGGGUCAUCACCAUGGUAACCCUAGACACACUGUGUCAUCAAUUCAGAGGUUGGCGUUUGGUAUGGAAGGUUUCGCACCAGGUUACUUCAUCAGGCCUUACGGAGUGACAGUGUCAGACGAGGGGGAGAUCUUCGUGGCAGAUCAUGGAAAUGGGAGAAUCCAAGUCUUCACCCUGCAGGCAAUGUUUGUGAGACAGUUCCCAACAGUUGUGUCUAGUGGAGAGAAGAUGAAUCCAGAUAAUGUGGCCCUGGACGGGGAGGGGAACCUGUGGGUGGUGGGCAUGGGGUGUGCGGUGGGGAGUGUGGUGGGGAGGGCUUUGAGGAAGGCGGUAGGGUUAGGCCGGGGCGAUCGCCAGUUUGUUGUGCAGUACGACCAACAGGGCAGCGUGCUGAGGCAGAUUAAGCUAAAGAAGACAAAGUGGAACAGAGGAGUUGCCGUGGACACCAGGAGGAACCACAUCCUUGUUACAGAAAUCACUGGAAACAGGGACAACACUCAUGGUAAAGUAUUGGUGUUCAGGCCGGAUGGAACACUUGUGAGAACUGUGGGUCAGCAGCAGGGGAUGAAGUACCCAUGGUACAUCACUGUGGACGGGGAAGGGAACAUUCUUGUGUCAGACUGUUGGAAUGACUGUGUCUAUGUGUACAACGAGGACCAGUUUGGAGGUAAGGGAAAUGGUGAAGGUCAGCUGAACAUUCCUCGUGGCAUCUGUACAGACAGGGCAGGGAACAUCAUCGUGGCAGACAGUUGGAACUGUCGUGUGGAGAUGUUUGACACAACAGGCAGAUUCAUCAAACACAUUGCUACAGAUGAAUACAUUGACUAUCCACGUGCAGUUGCCAUGGCACCACAGGGACAGAUGGUGGUCACUUUUGAAAACAAAGUCACUCACGUUUUGGUGUUCAGUCCAGAUGGAACACUUGUGGGAACUGUGGGUCAGCAGCAGGGGAUGGGGCGCCCACAAAACAUCACUGUGGACGGGGAAGGGAACAUUCUUAUGUCAGACUGUGAGAAUCACUGUGUCUAUGUGUACAACGAGGACGAGCAGUUUCUGUUCCAGUUUGGAGGCAGGGGAAGAGGUGAAGGUCAGCUAAAGCAACCCUUUGGUAUCUGUACAGACAGGGCAGGGAACAUCAUCGUGGCAGACUGGGGAAACCGUCGUGUGGAGAUGUUUGACAAGACAGGAAAAUUCCUAAGACACAUCACUACGCAUAUCAACGAGCCAUGUGGUGUUACAAUUGCACCACAGGGACAGCUGGUGGUGACUGAUUUUCAAGAUAACACAGUCACUAUUUUAAAAAAUAUUGACUGCAAUUCUAAGGGGAAAAGUCAACAAAAGGACAACAAAAUGGCGGCUGCACCUGCUAGUUUGGGGGAGCAAAUCCGUGAAGAACUGUCCUGCAGCAUCUGCCUGGAGCUGUUCACCAGGCCCAAGGUGCUGCCCUGUCAGCACACCUUCUGCCAGGACUGUCUACAGGACCAUGCAAGCAGGCGCACGCCCUUCCAGUGCCCAAACUGUCGCAAGCAAGUCAAGCUGCCGAGGCAGGGGGUCACUGGUUUGCCUGACAAUCGCAUUGUGGCCAACAUGUGUGAGAGGUUUCAACAACAAGCUACACUGUCAAUAGAAACAAGCGACCAACCCCAGUCUGGAAACAGGUGCAGUUUUCACCCAUCUGAAGAAGUCAGGCAGUACUGUAAACAGUGUGAAAUGCCGGUUUGCAGUAAGUGUUUCGAAGAAAACCAUGACGAACAUCCUACAAUGAGUCUCAGAAAAGCCAUCCAACAGCACAGAGGUCCGGUCCAGGCCUUGAUCACUGAGGGGAGGGGCAUCUUGGAGACCUACUGUAGCUUCAUCAGAAGUCUGAGGGAGAAAGAGAAAACCCUGGACGAUCAGAAACAACAGAUGGUCAGCGAAAUCGAGGAGACCUACAGGCAUGCCUGCGAGCAAGUCCUUCAGAAGCUGAUCGAGGAAAAAGACCGUCUGUUGUCUGAAGUUGAGACGACGCACAGACAAAACAAGGGAGCCGUACAGAGCCAAAGAGACGCAGUUUUGGCUGAUGUCGCUGAACUGUCUUCUGUCUGUGAUGGGGCGGAGCAGGACAUGGCUAGAGAAGGUGGGCAGUUUCUGAGUCAUGAAUCCAAACUUGAGGAAGUCGUAGGAGCGUUCAGAGACAAGUCAGUGCCAAUUCCACUUCAAACCCACCCAGCUGUCUUCGAGCCUACUGAGAGCUUUACCUGCACACUGGGAAAGGUAACUGUUCCAGGUGCAACUGCAGAAAGCGGUGCCACAGCGGUCAUGGGUCAUCACCAUGGUAACCAAACCCACAAUGUGGCGCCCUUGACAUUUGGUGGUCAAGGUUCAGAACCAGAUCAGUUCGACGGGCCUUUAGGAGUGACAGUGUCAGAAGAGGGGGAGAUCUUCGUGGCAGAUAAUGAUAAUUCAAGAAUCCAAGUCUUCUCCCUGCAGGGAACAUUUGUCAGACAGUUCCCAACAGGCGUGUCAUAUGAGGAGAUAGACGAGAUGUUUGACAUCUACCCCGAAGACGUGGCCCUGGAUGGGGAGGGAAACCUUUGGAUGGUGGGGAAAACGGUGGAUGGUGAUGGGUUAGCUAUGCAGUACAACAAACAGGGCAGAAUGCUGAGGAACUUUGACCUACAGGACACAGUGUGGUACAGAGGAGUUGCCGUGGACACCAGGAGGAACCACAUCCUCAUCACACAGACCACAGGAGACAGGGACAACACUCAUGGUGAAGUUUUGGUGUUCAGGCCAGAUGGAACACUUGUGAGAACUGUGGGUCAGCAGCAGGGGAUGAAGUGCCCACAUUGCAUCACUGUGGACGGGGAGGAGAACAUUCUUGUGUCAGACUUUGAGAAUCACUGUGUCUAUGUGUACAAGGAGGACGGACAGUUUCUGUUCAAGUUUGGAGGUGGGGGAAGAGGUGAAGGUCGGCUGAUCAAUCCCAAUGGCAUCUGUACAGACAGGGCAGGGAACAUCAUCGUGGCAGACUAUGGAAACGGUCGUGUUGAGAUGUUUGACAAGACAGGAAAAUUCAUCAAACACAUCACUACUGGCGUGUCACGCCCAUGGGCUGUUGCCAUGGCAACACAGGGACAGCUGGUGGUCACUAAUACUGUGGAUAACAGUGUCACUAUUUUCAAACAUGGCGACUGUUUAUAG